GAUCACUUGAGCUGAGCGACCUGAGCGACGCGCUCACACUCUUCUUCUAAGCAGCUUUUCGAACUCCUGACUGACAGCAGCAAUAUGGAGAGAUCUCAUGGGACUUCGACUAUGGCCGUGUUUUUCGGUGCACUGAUUAUUCUUUCGUCAGGAUGCUGCAGCUCCGCCAGCGCCUUGAAGCUGAAGGCCGUGAAUUUCACGUACUACUUGCACGACGAUUUCGUGCUGCCAGACGUUAGCGCUGUAAAAGUCACCGGUCCCAACCUGACUCUCGGAAGCCCAGCUACAUUCGGCGAAAUCACCGUCUUCGACAGCGUUCUCAAGGAGACAAUUUCCAAUGAUUCAGCCCAAAUCGGGCACAGCUCGGGCCAAGUUACGGCUUUAAAAGAAUCAGUAGAGAAGUUCAUUACCUUCGUGCAGGAUAUUACAAUCCUCGGCUACUCCGGAACCAUCUCCUGCUCUGCCAGGUUCAACUUCAGCGCCCCGAAUUGGGAGGUGGGUGUCAACUCUGGCACAGGUUCCUUCAGAGGAGCGAGUGGCUACUUAACAGCCAGCGUAGCCGUUCCCGACCCAGCUGGAUACAUUCUGAAGUACGAAGCGAAUCUGAUCCUUCCGCAACAGUAGAACAGAUGUUAUGAUUUGCAAGAUAUUUGAUUUGAUUAGAGAGGAGGUUUCCUACUCAGCGAAUUAUGCAGCCCGGGAGCGUGGCUGUUGUGUUCGUUCCCGUGUAAAUUCCCAUAAGGAGAUUGGAUCCAAAAUUAUGCACUUGGUGGUUCUCAUACACCAUAUCGAUUACUCCAUUACACCCUUUUACUCAGGAUUAAUUACAUAUUGUAGGGUGCCCAUGCGUGACCUACACAGUGUAAUACAGUCCCGGAGAAAGUUCUGCCUUCGGACUGUCACAUGGAUGCCCUACAUGCAUGUUUACCAGUAGAAACCUCCACUUUGCGCUGGCAAAUCUUCCUCUGCGGUGCUCUGUAUGUCCAAUACUAAAUAUCAAUCCUACAUGAUAUCAAUCGAGCUAUUGGUUUUCCGCUUGAUAAGUAUUGUUGUUACAGACAACGGUACGUGUUUUCAGAAAGAGCCAGGCUCAAUAGCAUGUC